AUGGAAAAAUUAAUUGAAAUUUUAAACAUCAUUAAAAGUAAGGAUAUGACCGUUGAGAAGAAAGAUAUCAGUACUUUUACAAAAAGUAAUGUCAAUGGGAUAAAACAGAUGGAUGAAGCUCUUGAACUUUUUAAGGCUACAAAACAGUAUGUUUAUACUAUUGAAAAAAGAGCAGAAUAUUUAUCAUAUGAAGCAGCUAGGAGAUUAAAUGUUAACUUUACACAAUCUGAAUGGGAUGAAAUUGUAAAUCAAUAA